GCUGACUCUCCUCCACUUCCUCGCUGUGGACUGGGCUGGCCGCACGAGGGCCGGGCGGCGGCAGCGACCAAGGGGACUUCGGCGGCGGCGGCCGCAGCUCCGCGGGAUUAAAUUGGCCGCCCGGAGGCGGCGGCUGGGGCAGGCGCGGGCUGCGCGGCCGUGGCGGGGCGCGAAGGCGCUGGAGGAAAGUGCUGGUGGCGGCGCGGGAGGCGGUGGCGGCGGCUGCCCGGAGCCAACAUGACCAGGCUCUGAAAGUGUUCCAGCUGAAAUUUCAGAUCGGACAGACUCGCUGCGGCUUCAGAGGCAGUGAUUCCAAGCUGCCAGCACACGCUGCUGCCAAGCUGCAGGAUGGUGCACGUAGCCAGGCCGCUGCUGCUGUUCCUUGCUUUCUUCCUUCGCGCGGAUGCUGAGACACCUCCAAGGUUUACACGAACUCCUGUUGAUCAGACAGGGGUCUCUGGCGGAGUUGCCUCUUUCAUUUGCCAAGCUACAGGAGACCCAAGACCUAAAAUUGUCUGGAACAAAAAAGGAAAAAAAGUCAGCAAUCAGAGAUUUGAGGUAAUAGAGUUUGACGAUGGAUCUGGAUCAGUUCUCAGAAUACAACCCUUACGGACUCCAAGGGAUGAGGCCAUUUAUGAAUGUGUGGCCUCCAAUAAUGUGGGAGAAAUAAGUGUAUCCACCAGACUCACAGUUUUGCGUGAGGAUCAAAUUCCCAGGGGCUUCCCUACCAUUGACAUGGGCCCCCAGUUGAAGGUGGUGGAGCGUACACGCACUGCCACCAUGCUUUGUGCAGCCAGUGGGAAUCCGGAUCCAGAAAUCACUUGGUUUAAAGAUUUCUUGCCUGUUGACACAAGCAACAACAAUGGCCGUAUUAAGCAGUUACGAUCAGGAGCCCUUCAGAUCGAACAGAGCGAAGAAUCUGACCAAGGAAAAUAUGAGUGUGUUGCCACCAACAGCGCGGGCACUCGCUAUUCUGCCCCUGCCAAUUUAUAUGUCAGAGUUCGCCGUGUCCCACCAAGAUUCUCUAUCCCACCCACUAAUCAUGAAAUCAUGCCAGGUGGAAGUGUUAAUAUCACCUGUGUGGCCGUGGGGUCACCAAUGCCUUAUGUGAAGUGGAUGUUGGGUGCCGAAGAUCUGACACCUGAAGAUGAUAUGCCAAUAGGAAGAAAUGUCCUAGAACUGAAUGAUGUAAGACAGUCAGCAAAUUACACCUGUGUUGCAAUGUCGACACUGGGUGUCAUUGAAGCAAUAGCACAGAUCACUGUCAAAGCCUUACCCAAACCUCCAGGAACUCCUGUAGUGACCGAGAGUACAGCUACGAGCAUCACACUGACGUGGGACUCGGGGAACCCUGAGCCUGUCUCUUACUACAUCAUUCAGCAUAAACCUAAAAAUUCUGAGGAACCUUACAAAGAAAUUGAUGGGGUGGCGACCACACGCUACAGUGUCGCUGGACUAAGUCCCUACUCGGAUUAUGAAUUCAGGGUUGUUGCUGUCAAUAACAUUGGGCGGGGUCCUCCCAGUGAGCCCGUGCUAACGCAAACCUCUGAGCAAGCACCGUCCAGUGCCCCACGGGAUGUCCAGGCGCGGAUGUUGAGUUCAACCACCAUUUUGGUACAGUGGAAGGAACCUGAGGAGCCAAAUGGACAGAUCCAAGGAUACAGAGUUUAUUAUACAAUGGAUCCUACUCAGCAUGUCAACAACUGGAUGAAACACAAUGUAGCUGACAGCCAAAUCACUACUAUUGGCAACUUAGUGCCCCAGAAAACAUAUUCUGUCAAAGUCCUGGCUUUUACCUCAAUUGGAGAUGGUCCCCUUUCAAGUGACAUACAAGUUAUCACUCAGACAGGAGUACCAGGGCAGCCACUAAACUUCAAAGCAGAACCUGAGUCUGAAACAAGUAUUUUGCUCUCUUGGACACCUCCACGUUCAGACACCAUCGCCAACUAUGAGCUGGUCUACAAAGAUGGGGAGCAUGGAGAGGAGCAACGAAUUACCAUUGAGCCAGGGACAUCGUAUAGACUGCAGGGCCUGAAACCGAACAGCUUGUAUUCCUUCCGUCUGGCUGCACGCUCUCCCCAAGGCCUGGGUGCUUCUACAGCGGAAAUAUCAGCUAGAACCAUGCAGUCAAAGCCGUCAGCUCCUCCUCAAGACAUUAGUUGCACCAGCCCAAGUUCCACUAGUAUUUUGGUAAGUUGGCAACCUCCACCAGUGGAAAAACAGAAUGGCAUUAUCACUGAAUACUCCAUCAAGUAUACCGCAGUGGAUGGAGAAGAUGACAAACCUCAUGAGAUUUUGGGAAUUUCUUCGGACACUACCAAAUACCUUUUGGAACAGCUGGAAAAAUGGACUGAGUACCGGAUCACUGUGACAGCCCACACAGAUGUCGGCCCCGGCCCCGAAAGCUUGUCUGUACUGAUUCGAACCGAUGAAGAUGUUCCUAGUGGUCCUCCUCGCAAAGUCGAGGUAGAGGCUGUCAACUCAACAUCUGUUAAAGUCUCAUGGCGCUCACCUGUGCCCAAUAAACAGCAUGGCCAGAUAAGAGGAUACCAGGUGCAUUAUGUGAGGAUGGAAAAUGGUGAGCCCAAGGGGCAGCCCAUGCUGAAGGAUGUCAUGCUGGCUGAUGCACAGUGGGAAUUUGAUGAUACUACUGAACAUGACAUGAUCAUUUCUGGGCUACAGCCUGAAACUUCCUACUCUCUCACCGUCACAGCCUACACCACCAAAGGAGACGGUGCUCGCAGCAAGCCCAAACUGGUGUCCACCACUGGGGCAGUUCCAGGGAAACCCCGGCUUGUGAUUAACCACACUCAGAUGAACACCGCUCUCAUUCAGUGGCACCCCCCUGUGGACACAUUUGGACCUCUUCAGGGCUACCGUCUAAAAUUUGGCCGGAAGGAUAUGGAGCCGCUCACUACUCUUGAGUUCUCUGAAAAAGAAGAUCACUUCACAGCUACAGACAUCCACAAAGGAGCAUCAUAUAUCUUCAGGCUCUCAGCCAAAAACAAAGUGGGCUUUGGGGAGGAGAUGGUGAAGGAGAUUUCUGUUCCAGAAGAAGUCCCAACUGGAUUCCCUCAAAACCUCCUCUCGGAAGGCACCACUUCAACCUCCGUCCAGUUAUCUUGGCAGCCUCCUGUCCUGGCAGAGAGAAAUGGCAUUAUCACCAAGUAUACCCUCCUGUAUAGGGAUAUCAACAUCCCUCUUCUUCCAAUGGAGCAGCUUAUUGUUCCAGCUGACACCACUAUGACACUCAGUGGCUUAAAACCAGAUACCACAUAUGAUGUAAAAGUACGUGCUCACACGAGCAAAGGGCCCGGGCCAUAUAGUCCCAGUGUCCAGUUCAGGACACUGCCUGUGGAUCAAGCAGUGUUUGCAAAAAAUUUUCAUGUCAAAGCAGUAAUGAAGACUUCAGUGCUACUAUCUUGGGAGAUUCCAGAGAAUUAUAAUUCUGCCAUGCCUUUCAAAAUUCUUUAUGAUGAUGGUAAAAUGGUAGAAGAAGUGGAUGGCCGAGCUACACAGAAGUUAAUUGUCAACCUGAAGCCUGAGAAGUCAUAUUCCUUCGUGCUGACAAAUCGUGGAAACAGUGCUGGUGGGCUGCAGCACAGGGUAACAGCGAAGACUGCACCAGAUGUUCUACGUACCAAGCCUGCCUUCAUUGGGAAGACCAACUUGGAUGGCAUGAUUACUGUGCAACUGCCUGAAGUACCUGCAAAUGAGAAUAUAAAAGGUUACUACAUAAUAAUUGUGCCUUUGAAGAAAUCUCGUGGGAAAUUUAUCAAGCCAUGGGAGAGUCCAGAUGAAAUGGAAUUAGACGAGCUGCUUAAAGAGAUAGCUAGGAAACGCAGAAGUGUCCGUUAUGGGAGAGAAGUUGAAUUAAAGCCAUAUAUUGCUGCUCACUUUGAUGUUCUUCCCACUGAGUUCACCCUGGGGGAUGACAAACAUUAUGGUGGAUUUACAAACAAGCAACUCCAAAGUGGUCAAGAAUAUGUCUUCUUUGUGUUGGCUGUGAUGGAACACGCGGAGUCUAAGAUGUAUGCAACCAGCCCCUACUCUGACCCUGUUGUGUCAAUGGAUCUGGAUCCACAGCCAAUCACAGAUGAAGAAGAAGGCUUGAUCUGGGUUGUAGGUCCUGUCCUUGCAGUGGUCUUUAUCAUCUGCAUUGUCAUAGCUAUUCUUCUUUACAAGAGGAAGAGGGCAGAGUCCGACUCUAGAAAGAGCAGCAUACCGAACAGUAAGGAGGUCCCUUCACACCACCCAACAGACCCAGUAGAACUGAGGCGUCUUAAUUUUCAAACACCAGGUUCAGAUGAUUCCGGUUACCCUGGUAACCUUCAUUCUUCAAGUAUGGCUAGUCAUCCUCCAAUACCUAUCUUGGAACUUGCAGAUCACAUUGAAAGGUUGAAAGCAAAUGACAACUUGAAGUUUUCCCAGGAAUAUGAGUCAAUUGACCCAGGCCAGCAGUUCACAUGGGAACAUUCAAACUUGGAAGUAAACAAACCAAAGAAUAGAUAUGCAAAUGUAAUCGCAUAUGACCAUUCCCGGGUUCUCCUAUCAGCAAUAGAAGGCAUCCCAGGAAGUGACUAUGUGAAUGCCAACUACAUAGACGGCUAUAGGAAACAAAAUGCCUAUAUUGCAACACAGGGAUCUCUCCCUGAAACAUUUGGGGACUUUUGGAGAAUGAUAUGGGAGCAACGGAGUGCCACAGUUGUUAUGAUGACAAAACUAGAAGAACGAUCCAGGGUGAAGUGUGACCAGUAUUGGCCCAGCAGAGGCACAGAAACCCAUGGGCUGGUCCAAGUGACACUGCUCGACACCGUGGAGCUGGCCACAUAUUGUGUUCGAACAUUUGCACUUUACAAGAAUGGUUCCAGCGAGAAGAGAGAAGUAAGACAAUUCCAGUUCACCGCUUGGCCUGAUCAUGGUGUCCCAGAACACCCUACACCUUUUCUAGCUUUCUUACGGAGAGUCAAAACCUGUAACCCUCCUGAUGCAGGUCCUAUGGUUGUGCACUGCAGUGCGGGAGUUGGCAGGACUGGUUGUUUCAUCGUAAUAGAUGCCAUGCUAGAAAGAAUAAAGCAUGAAAAAACUGUAGAUAUCUAUGGCCAUGUAACUUUAAUGAGAGCCCAGAGGAAUUACAUGGUUCAAACAGAAGACCAGUACAUCUUUAUCCACGAUGCACUGUUAGAAGCAGUGACUUGUGGAAAUACCGAAGUGCCAGCUAGAAACUUGUAUGCCUAUAUUCAGAAGCUGACACAAAUAGAAACAGGAGAGAAUGUCACAGGAAUGGAGCUCGAAUUUAAGCGUCUAGCCAGCUCUAAAGCUCACACCUCAAGAUUCAUCAGUGCCAAUCUUCCAUGUAAUAAAUUCAAAAAUCGCCUUGUUAAUAUUAUGCCAUAUGAAUCCACAAGGGUAUGCCUGCAGCCUAUCCGAGGAGUGGAAGGAUCUGAUUACAUCAAUGCCAGUUUUAUUGAUGGAUACAGACAACAGAAAGCCUACAUCGCUACCCAGGGGCCCUUGGCAGAGACCACCGAAGACUUUUGGCGGAUGCUCUGGGAACACAAUUCCACCAUCGUGGUGAUGCUCACCAAGCUUCGUGAGAUGGGCAGAGAGAAAUGUCACCAAUACUGGCCAGCAGAACGAUCUGCAAGAUACCAGUACUUUGUUGUAGAUCCCAUGGCUGAGUACAACAUGCCCCAGUAUAUCCUAAGGGAAUUUAAGGUCACAGAUGCCAGGGACGGUCAGUCCCGAACAGUGAGACAGUUCCAGUUCACUGACUGGCCAGAGCAAGGAGUGCCAAAGUCUGGAGAAGGGUUUAUUGACUUCAUCGGCCAAGUCCAUAAAACAAAAGAGCAGUUUGGCCAAGAUGGACCCAUUUCAGUUCAUUGCAGUGCGGGCGUUGGAAGAACUGGAGUCUUCAUAACGCUAAGCAUUGUUCUGGAAAGAAUGAGAUAUGAAGGAGUUGUAGAUAUCUUCCAGACUGUCAAAAUGUUAAGAACACAACGACCAGCCAUGGUACAGACAGAGGAUCAGUAUCAGUUCUGCUAUCGAGCCGCACUAGAAUAUCUGGGCAGCUUUGAUCACUAUGCAACGUAGAAACCCCUGACCCAUUUUGGAUUUUUACUGCAGGCCCUUCAAUAUCCAUGGAGUCUCUUCUGAGCCAUACAGGGCACUUGAGAAGUCCUUCUUAACUUCUAGUUAACAACCACUUAGUGGGACUAUUACACACAAAACAAAUUAAAAACAGACUCUUCCGGGUGGACCAAGAAUUCACAGUUUAAUAAUCUAACCUGAAAAUUAAUAAAGAGAAUCCUAACUGAUGAGGAAUCUGAAGGAUUUUAUUUACAGAUACCUCAAGGAUUCAAAAUAAAGGGAAGAAGAAAUCACAGCAAAGAACCACCAUCUUGUUCAGGAUUGCUUGAUGGGUGCGAGGAGAAAUUGCUGCACUGUUGCAGUUCAGUGCAAGGUGUUGCUGGUGUGGCUUCUCAUGAUAAAAUGGACUCUGCUUCGACAUCGCCCCUUCCCACCAUACUGCUCAUAAUAACGUUUUAGGGGGAAAGGGGGGGAAUGUUUAAAAAGAAAGUCUUUGAUUUAGUUUUUUAGUAUUGUAAAGAUACUGCUGACCUGUGCUUCAUUUUUAACUGUGUAAACUUUUUUUUAACAAAAUGUAUCAUUCGAUAAAGUGAAUUUUAAAAAAGUUACGUAACUCUUCAUUUUUUAUUUCCAAAUUGUAGGUUUUUUUAAG